AUGGAGGACGAGACGGGUGUCUGCGGGUACACGGAGGAAGUGACGACCGCCCGGUUCGUCUACAUCUCCCUCGGCGGCGUCGUCGCCUUUUUCGGUAUCUAAUCUCAAAAAAGAAUAAGGCCAAUGAUCUCGCGCAGGAUGUGUCUCGAACGCGCUGCUCUUCUUGCUGCUCACCACCCGGAAAUUGCCCAAUUCUCCGCCUCAAUUGUAUCCGGCCGCGUUGGCCCUGUUGGACGGCCUUUUGUGCUCCUUCUUCAUCAUGAUCUUCGUCGUCGAUGUCAAUAUGAUCUACAAUCGGAGCGAGGUUCAAACUUGUAUAAAAGAUAUUUUGUGUUUGAAAGCACGUCAGAGAGGACACUAGAGUGGCAAACUUAGGGGCUCUUGUAGGCUCUGAAAGUGACCACUUAAGGAUUUUUGUUUGCGACCACUCUGGAGGAGCCUUUAAAAGCUGAAUUUUUCAAUUUUUUCGCUUUUUUAAGAACCCUAGAGUGGUCCCUAGAGGGGCUUCCUUGGGGGCUCUUGUAGGUUUUUAAAGAUGGCCACUUAAGGGAUUUUAGUUCGUGGCCUUUUUAUGGAAGACACUGUAGAAAAAAACAAAAACUUUUUUAAAAGUUGAUUUUUUCAAUUUUUUCGUUUUUUAAGAGCCCUAGAGUGGUCCCUAGAGUGUAAAACUUAGAAGCUCAUGUAGACUCUGAAAAAAGCCACUUUAGGGAUUAAAGUUUGUGGCCAUUCUAUGGAAGCCACUGUAGAAAGAAGCAAAAAAAUUUGGGGGCUCUUGUAGGUUCUAAAAGGUGGCACUAGAUCCUGCGAAAGUGGCCACUCAAGGGAUUUUUUUCGUGGUCACUCUAGGAGCGCCUCUGUGAAAAGAAGGAAGAACAUUUUUAAAAGCUGGUUUUUUUCAAUUUUUUCGCUUUUUAAGAACCCUAGAGUGGUCCCUAGAGGGGCCGCCUUGGUGGCUCUUGUAGGUUCUAAAAGGUGGGAGUAAAUCUUCCGAAAGUGGCCCCUUGAGGGAUUUUUGUUUGUGGCCGCUUUUAUGAAAACAAGCAAGAAAACUUUUAAAAGCUUUUCAACUUUUUCGCUUUUUUUUGAAAGAACCCUUGAGUGGUCCCUAGAGUGUCGAACGUAGGGGCUCAUAUAGGUUCUGAAAGGUGUCCCUAAAUCCUGCUAAAGUGGCCACUUUAGGGAUUUAUUUGGUCAUCACUCUGUGGAAACCUUUAUGAAGAGAAGCAAGAACAUUUUAAAAGCGGAUUUUUUCAAUUUUUUCGCUUUUUUUUAAAACCCUAAAGUGGUCCCUAGAGUGCAAAAAAAAGGCUCAUGUAGGCUCUGAAAGGUGGCACUAAAUCUUGCGAAAGUGGCCACUUAAGGGAUUUUUGUUUGUGACCACACUGGAGGAGCCUUUAAAAGCUGAAUUUCUCAAUUUUCCGCUUUUAUUAAGAACCCUAGAGCGGUCCUUAGAGUGGAAAACGUAGGGGCUCAUGUAGGCUCUGAAAGAUGACAAGGAAUCUUGCGAAAGAACCCACUUUAGGGUUUUAUUUCCUGACCACUCUAGGGGCGCCUCUAUGUAAAGAAGCAAGAACAUUUUCAAAAACUGAUUUUUUCAAAUUUUUCGUUUUUUUUAAGGACCCAGUGGUCCCUCGAGUGGCGAGCUUAGAGGCUCAUGAAGGCUCUGAAAGGUGACACUAAAUCUUGGAAAAGUGGCCACUUAAGAAAUUUUAGUUAGUGGCCACUUUAGGGGAGCAAUUCAGUCGAACGUCACAGUGGUCCCCUGCCUUAGAGUCUCUUGAAGGUUCCCCUAUAGGGACUCCCUUGACUCCCCAUUUAGGGCGAACUUAAGCUUGUGAAAGUGGCCACUCUAGGGGAGCAUGAUAGUGGUCCUAUAAUACGCCUUGUCGACUUUCGAAGCAGAUCAAAAACUAAAAGACCACUAUAGGGAUCACUUGAGCUUUAGGAGCUGGGUCGAAAUUCCUAUAGAGAUCACCUGGGUUUUAUCACUCUAGAGAGCACUUUUUAUCUGCUAUAGGGUCUUUUUUCCCUAGCCCCUCUAGGGACCACUUGGGCGUUCUGAGUAGUUCAAUAAUUGUUGAAUCUGAUGGAGAUUUUACAAAAUAAUCGCUAAUUUUGUUUGACGCAGCAUUUUGUUUAGGUUUCUUAUUAGAUUAAGAUUGAUAUCCGGAAGUUGGAUGAAAAAAAAGGAAUUUUAUGACUAAUACCUUAAAACUUCAAAUAUAAGAAAAUAUACUCAUCCAAAAAUUUAUUGAUUUUUUGGAUGAUUAACCAAGAAAAAGAAUUUCCAUGCUUCUCAAAUUGUAUCACUCUUUUUUAAAUUGAUUAAUUUCUUUUUUUUCAGGAACUCUUCGUCCUGUUCCACCGCUACAUAAUCUUCACUUUCUGUGCAGCGAAACUCGUCCAAUUUCUGAUCCCUUACAUGUUGAUGUUGGGCACUUUGGAGCGGUACACCUGGAUUUGCUCGAAAAAGUGAGGAAUUUUUGGUACCUGAAGGAAAAAAAUUCAAGUUUUGUCAAGCAAAUUUCGAUCCUAAUUCAAAAGUUUUACCGAGAAACUAUUUUUACUUGGUAAAUUAUAGUUUCAGUGGAAGUUAAAAGGAAAAAAAAAAACUUGAUUUUUCUCAUGGAAAACUCUCCAUUUGGCUUGAAGAAAAUGAGGGCUCUUGUGCCGGUCCGGGUUGACCCGAUAAGCUGACGGACCGGCCCUCGCCCAAGCCUGAGGCAGAAAAAGUCUGGUUAAUUUCGGAACGGCUCAUUUAUAUCGUUUUUAAAGGAGUUUGAGGAUUUUAAAGCGUCUCUUAGGAAUCCCGGAGUGGUCCAAAAAGGGUUUAUGAGAAAAAAUUACCUAUGGCAAGCACUGUAGGGCUCCCUAGAGGGCAAAAAUUUAAGUGAUCCCUAUAGAAGUUUACGAUUUGGCUUUUUAGCUUCUAAAGCUAAGUGGUCCCUAUAGUGAUCUUUGAAAUCGCUAGAGUGGUCCCUAGAGGGUUUAUGAGGAAAAAUUCCCUAUGGCGGGCAAUGUAGGGCUCCCUAGAGGGCUAAAAUUUAAUCCCUAUAAGAGUUUACGAUCUGACCUUUUAGCUUGAAGGUUUAAGUGGUCCCUAUAGUAGUUUGUUUUUAAUUUAAAAAGACUUAGAAGGAUCCCUAGCAUGCUCCCCUAGAGUGGCCACUUUUUGCCAGCGUUAUUGCCUCUUCAGGAGGAGCUAAAAGGGUCCCUCUAGUGACUCCUCCGGCGUUCCUAGGGUUUCCACGAUCAUUCAGGUGUCCCUUGAUACCCUGACAAGCUCAAAAAUUACUCGGAGAAAAUUUUUUUCGGGAUUUUUCAGGAGGAAACUGGCGAUCCUGCAGCCCAAGUUCAGGCCGUUCACCCUGGGAGGCCUUCUACUCGGAGCGACGGCCUUGAGGAUUCCGUCGGCCUUGGCUCUGACCGUAACCGAAUUUCCAGACUGCGAGGACUUUUUCAGGACUUUGGCUGUGGAUGUUCGCAUUUGGGCUAGGGUGGGUUCUUGAAAAAUAUAGUUUCGGAAAGCUUUAUGUGUUAGUUUCGAUAGUCAUGGCUUUCUAAGUGAUUCAGGAGGUCACUAAAGUGGUCACUAGGUGUCUCUAUUUGGCCCUUGAGUGGUUACUUUAGGUUUUUUUUUGUCUUCAGGUCGUAUAUAACAUGAAAAAUUAUAAAGGUUGCAAAAAACGUUACACAAAAAAGUCUGGUCCAUUUUGCAAGUUCUAGUGGUUCCUAUAGGGGAUAGUAAAGUGGUCCCUAGAGGGGAACCUUCAAGGACCUUUUGAGAUUGUCCCUAAAGGAACCACUCUGGACUUCCUCAGCUCUUUCGCUAGCUUCCAUCGAAAUUUCGUUGGAUAAUAUUUUUCAUAUCCUUGAUUAUCCUCAAAAAACAUGAUAUUAUGAAAUUUUGCUGGUUUUUUUCUAGUUUUUCACUUUUUGAUUUUUUUUUUCCUUAAGAAUUAUAAAAAUUGCAGGAAAGUGCAUGGUACAUGAUCUACGACGUUUAUGUGAUCGGAUGUCUCCAGACCUUCUUUCCGUUCUUCAUGCUGAUGCUCUUGAACUUGGUCAUUGUUAACCGAUUGGCCAAGAUUGACGCCGAAAAACGACAACCACUGACGGAAAUUAAGGUUGGAUCUUCAAAAAUCAUUUUUAAAAAGUCAAAUCAACUUCCCACGGGAAAAAAGUCAAAAAUUUAAGCAAAAUCGCAAAUUUUUCUGUUGAAACAAGAAAUUGGUCAUUAAAAAUUUAAUUUUUGAGUUAUUUUUGACGUUCGAAUGGUUGAUGUCCCUCGAAAACUCUUCCUGAGGUUUAAAGGUGCAUAGAAAAUUUUAAUAACGGGUCUCGAAAUAAACAGAUUUUUUUAAAGCUUUUCUAGGCUGUACAGGAUUUUGAGCUUUAUAAAAUGUGCCAAGUAUAGCCUUUUUGAAAAGUUGUGUGAAAAUUUUUAGUGGACUUUUUAGGGUUUUGAGGUUUUAGUAGCCACUUCAGUAGUCGUAUGAGUGGCCACUUAAGUGCUUAAUUGUCCCCUCCAUGUAGUCCUUCAGGAUUCACUUGGGUGGCCACUGGAGUUUUUCGCGGAUCUGCGGAUUUUUGGACUUAUUAAUUUUUUUUUUCUCAUUUUUUUUUGACAUUAAAGUCGAAUGCGUAAACAAAAAUACGUUGCGCUGAAAGAAAAAAAACUUCUAAUUAUCGAAAAUUUGGUUAAUAAAAAGAUUCGGAGGCAAACGAGACUCAAAUUAUUCCUGAAAUUGUUAUAAUCCUCAUUUUCUUCAAAAUUUAAGGUUAAACUUCAACUCAAAGUGGAAAAAUUUAGGUUGAAACUCCGACAAUGUCCCGACGUCGUUCUUUACGGGUUUUAACUUCAUUACGGAUCCACAAAAUGCCGGCCAGUGUUAGGAACGCUAUUUAUACAAUGGUAAUCUUCGAAUGAACAUUUUUUUUAUCCAAAGAAAUAAUUUUUAAGGUCACAAUCGUCGCGACUUAUUUGAUAUCCAACUCUUUACACAUCAUAUUAACACUCCUGGAAGUGACUAAAGCUUCGGUUCUUGUCGAGUAAGUCUUCCUUCGAACUUCAAAAAUUAGAAAAUAAUAUUCUUAUUCAGUGAGAACGACCACUACAAGGCUUCCCUCCUUUACACGGUCCUUGGCGAUUCAGUGAGUCUUCUCUACAUGACAUCUUCCGCUGUUCGAAUCGUCAUCUACGUUUCAUGCAAUCCGGCAAUUCGAAAACAAUUUUUAUCCAUGCGUUUUCCUGGUUACUACCGAAAACGUUGA